AGAGAGAGAGAAUUUGAAGUCGGCUAUGAAGUUUGACCAAUGCCAAACUUUCUAAGCAACAACUGCAAUUCAAUUUCAGUUUGUUGAAUGCUACAUCUGUAUCAUAGUUUAGUCUUUGAAUUUCCUUUGGUUGAAAUAUGUUGAAAUCAACGCCUUCAUUUCCACUCUUAUCUAAUUAUCCUUUCAUAAUUUUUUCUUUGCGAAGUGCGAUUCCACUUGUAAAUUUUAACACGCAUACAUGUUCCUUGAUUACAACGCAUUUUCUGUUUUCCCACAUGAAUUUUGACUAGUUUUUUCUCUACACAUUUUCUGCAAUUAAUUCCCAGUUCAAUUUUAUUUAUUUAUUUUUUUCUGUACCCUUUUAUCUCUGUUUUUUGCUUUCUAUUUUCCAUCCAAUCAUUUCGAUUUUCUGUAUUUUUAUCUCUUUUUUUGUACCCCCGUUUCUGUCCACCUUUCAGCAGAAUUUAUUUGUUCAAUUUCAAAAGCUUGUGCAGAAAAAAAAUUUUGUGGGCUUAAAGGACUUUGUAUUUUUUUUAUUGUUUUUUGAAAAAUGAUGAAGUGUUUUACGAUAUUCAAAGACAAGUCGAAAUCCAAGAAACGGAGAUCGGCGCCGGAAUUGACUAAUCACAGAAAAUCAGAUAAUUUGGAUUUAAGACGUGUAUCUAAGUCCACUGAUUCAUAUUCAUCCCCUCGGAGUAUAAAGGAAAUGUACAAAGAAAGAGAGCAGAAUUUGAGGGAUUUUUCAUUGUUUGAACUGAGGGAAGCAACUAAUAAUUUCAACAGGCUGCUGAAGAUUGGAGAAGGUGGUUUUGGGAGUGUUUAUAAAGGAACAAUUAUGCCUCCAAAUGGGUUGGGGGAUUCCAUGGUGGUUGCCAUUAAAAAACUCAAUACACAAGGAUUACAGGGCCAUAAACAAUGGGUUGCAGAGGUCCAAUUCCUUGGAGCUCUGGAUCAUCCCAACCUCGUAAAGCUUUUGGGAUACUGCGCUUUGGAUGGAGAAAGAGGAAUUCAACGCUUAUUAGUUUACGAAUACAUGCCCAAUAAGAGCUUGGAGGAUCAUCUUUUCAACCGGGCAAUGCCAACAGUUCCUUGGAGCACAAGACUACAUAUUAUUCUUGGGGCAGCUCAAGGAAUGGCUUAUCUACACGAGGGCGUGGAAGUUCAGCAGGUGAUAUAUCGAGAUUUCAAAUCCUCAAACGUUCUUUUGGAUAAGGAUUUCAAUCCCAAGCUUUCCGACUUUGGACUUGCAAGGGAAGGUCCAACUGGAGGCCAAACUCACGUGUCUACAGCACCUAUUGGGACACGUGGAUAUGCUGCCCCCGAAUAUGUCGAGACGGGUCGCCUUACAAUCAAGAGCGAUAUAUGGAGCUUCGGAGUUGUGCUUUACGAGAUACUCACAGGAAGGCGGACUUUGGAAAGAAACCUCCCAACUGUGGAGCAGAAGCUUCUAGAUUGGGUGAAACAUUUCCCAGCUGAUAGCAAGAGAUUUAACAUGAUAAUGGAUCCCCGGCUCCAAAACCGAUAUUCCUUAACUGCGGCCAGGAGAAUUGCCAAGUUGGCAGAUAGCUGCUUAAACAAAAAUGCGAAAGAUCGGCCGGCUAUGAGUGAAGUGGUCGAGAUCUUGAAGCAAGCAAUUCAAGAUUCAGAAUAACUUCAAAUGUGAGAAGUCCUCAGUCAUCUAGAACUAAACUGUCUGCCUCAGAUAAACCAUUUAGCAGAAUAGAAGUUACCAAUGCUGGUAGAGAGAUGGCCCGUACUGUUCAGGCUUGAAUGUAAAGGACAAAACGGUCAUAUUGUGCAUAUCUGAAUAUUUUCUUUCCUAGUCAAUUCACUGUAACUCCUUGGAAUCAUUUUCGUUACUCCUGCAUAGGAUUAACCAAUGCUAGUAGAGAGUUGGGGAUAUUUUUGUGCUUUC